CUUUCUCUGUCAGCGCUGCUUCAAAACAGAGCUGCGCCGCCGCUUCCCCGCGAACAGCGCGUCGAUUCCGCCGCUUUCCCCCGCAGCUUUCCCGCACAGAGCCGCGGAGCUUCUGCACGGACCGGCGCACAGAGGCGAGGCGAGGUAGUGUGAAAGGCAGGAGCCGUGGGCUGUCUUUCUCCCUGUUUCUCUCUGUCUUUAUCUCUUUCCCUCUUUGAAAACUGCACAUGGCGUCGUCCCUCCUCAGCCGUCAGCUGACCCGCUCCCUGCGGCCCAACCUGCACCUCGCAGCUCCAGGUUGCAGGUAUGUCAGCAAAACGGCUGCGAAGCCGGUGUCCGAGUUUGAAUAUGAUGCCCCCUCCAUGAAGACCCCUGUUCCCGGGCCAAAGUCAAAGGAGCUAACAAGACAGCUUGGAGAGAUUCAGAAUGUUGGCGCGGUAAAUUUCUUCUGCAACUACGAGGAGAGCCGGGGAAAUUACCUGGUGGAUGCUGAUGGGAAUCGAAUGCUGGAUCUGUACACUCAGAUCUCCUCCGUCCCCAUUGGUUACAACCAUCCCGCUCUGAUGAAGGCCGUCACCAAUCCCAUCCAUCUGAGUGCGUUUGUCAAUCGGCCAGCUCUUGGGAUUCUGCCACCGGAAAACUUCCCGGAGAAGCUGGUGGAGAGUCUUCUGUCGAUCGCUCCCACUGGAAUGACCCGGGUGCAGACCAUGGCUUGUGGCUCCUGCUCCAACGAGAACGCCUACAAGGCCAUGUUCAUCUGGUACAAAAAUAAAGAGAGGGGAACCAACAGCCCUUCAGCAGAUGAAGUCAGCUCCUGCAUGAUCAACCAGGGUCCUGGUUGUCCAGAUUUGAGCAUCCUGUCCUUUAUGGGGGGCUUCCAUGGCAGAACUUUGGGUUGUUUGGCGACGACUCAUUCGAAAGUCAUCCACAAGCUGGACAUUCCCUCCUUCGACUGGCCCAUCGCCUCCUUCCCCAGGCUGCAGUAUCCUCUGGAGGAGUUUGUCAGAGAAAACGCGCAGGAGGAGGCGCGCUGCCUGGAGGAGGUGGAGGAUUUGAUAGUGAAGUGGAGGCAGAAGGGAAAGCCGGUGGCCGGCAUCGUUGUGGAGCCCAUCCAGGCGGAGGGAGGAGACAACCACGCCUCACCAGACUUCUUCAUCAAAUUACGCAACAUCGCUCGCAAGCACGGAUGUGCUUUCCACGUGGAUGAAGUUCAGACAGGCGGUGGAACCACGGGCAAGUUCUGGGCUCACGAGCACUGGGGCACGGACGACCCGGCCGACAUCGUCUCCUUCAGCAAGAAAAUGCUGACGGGAGGAUACUACCACAAAGACGAGCUGGUGCCAGACAAGGGCUACAGAAUCUUUAACACAUGGAUGGGAGACCCCUCUAAGAACGUGUUCCUGACGGAGGUCCUGAACGUGAUCAGGAGAGAGAACCUUCUGGAUGAGGUGGCUCGCUCAGGGAAGGUUCUGCUGCAGGGACUGUACGAACUACAGGCUCAGUAUCCUCACAUCCUGAGUCGGGCUCGCGGCCAGGGAACCUUCUGUGCUGUAGAUGCCCGUGACGAUGUGACCCGGGACAAUCUCCUGCUCAAAACCAGAGACAAGGGUGUUCUCCUGGGCGGCUGUGGAGAUCGGUCCAUCCGCUUCCGCCCGGCUCUGGUCUUCAAGGAGUACCACGCUCACCAGUUCCUCAACAUCUUCAACGACGUGCUGUCUGAAUACAAAUAAAGUCCCGGAGGCCCAGCCGGCUGACCACAAAGAACAAGCACAAGGGUCCAAGCCCAGAUGAGGGGUUCUUCUUUUCUCAACACAUCACAGAGCAAUCAGUCACUCUUUCUCCUGCUUUCCUUUCCUUUUCUAACUUUCUGCCUUCCUCUCUUCUUUUCAUUUACUGUUUUUGUGUUUUUUUUUAGCACUACUUUACACUGCAGUCACACUAUAAUACGCACAAUGAAACGGAGAGCUCUCACGCUACCAGACCCAGUGAACACCUGGGGAUUUUAAUAAGCUUUACUUACUUUACGAAUCCACUGAUUGCUGCAUUAACAGAAGACAAAUUCAAUGUUCUCCACACACGUUCCACGUUCCAAUACUCCACUCUGUCCACCCAGUCACAAGACCACCCAGCAUAGUGAGCUUACUGAGCUUAGAGAAGGUCUUCA